AUGGCGACUGCCAAUGUGUCCGCUGCGGCGGUGCCUGGAAGCGGCCCGGUCACAAUGGACGGCUCUGCUUCCGGAGCUUCUCGCGAGGCUAGGAUCGCCACCCACUCCCACAUCAAAGGUCUCGGUCUCAGCGACGACGGCACUGCGCUGCCGAGUGCGCAAGGUUUCGUUGGUCAGAAAGCAGCACGAGAGGCUUGCGGCCUCGUUCUCGACCUGAUUCGCAUCAAGAAGUUCGCCGGCAAAGCUCUGCUCCUCGCCGGAGGUCCAGGCACGGGCAAGACCGCCCUCGCCCUGGCCGUCUCGCAAGAGCUCGGCCACAAAGUGCCAUUCUGUCCCAUGGUGGGAUCUGAAGUCUAUAGCUCGGAAGUCAAGAAGACCGAAGUAUUGAUGGAGAACUUCCGUAGAGCCAUCGGGCUGCGAGUGCGCGAAACGAAAGAGGUGUACGAGGGAGAGAUCACAGAGCUGACACCGACCGAAGCCGAGAACCCUCUGUCCGGGUACGGCAAGACCAUCGCACACGUCGUGAUUGCCCUCAAGACCGUCAAGGGCACCAAGCAGCUGCGACUGGACCCCAGCAUCUACGAAAGCAUCAUGAAAGAGCGCAUCAGCGUCGGCGACGUUAUCUACAUCGAGGCCAACACCGGCGCCGUCAAGCGGGUGGGAAGGAGCGACGCGUACGCGACCGAGUUCGACCUCGAGGCUGAGGAGUACGUUCCGUUGCCAAAGGGCGAAGUGCACAAGCGCAAGGAGGUGGUGCAAGAUGUGACGCUGCACGAUUUGGACAUGGCGAACGCGAAACCGCAGGGAGGACAGGACAUCAUGAGCGUGGUGGGCCAGCUUGUCAAGGGACGAAGGACGGAAGUCACCGACAAGCUGCGAGGCGAGAUCAACCGGGUGGUCGACAAGUACAUCGAGCAGGGCAUUGCCGAGCUUGUUCCUGGUGUGCUUUUCAUCGACGAAGUGCACAUGCUCGACAUGGAGUGCUUCACCUAUCUCAACCGAGCGCUGGAGUCGACGAUCAGCCCGCACGUGAUCCUCGCCACCAACCGCGGACAGUGCAUGGUGCGAGGCACCGAGUACGAGGGUCCAGCAUCUGGCACGGGCAUCGUCGCUCCUCACGGCAUUCCACUGGACCUCUUGGACCGGUGCAUGAUCGUGCGCACCAUGCCCUACGAGAAGGACGAGAUCAGGGAGGUGCUACGACUACGAACCAAGGUCGAGGGUCAUCUCAUCGCCGAGGACGCUCUGGAGCAGCUCACGGAAGAAGGCGUUCGCAGCUCGUUGCGUUUCGCGUUGCAGCUUCUGAGCCCUGCCUCGAUCCUGGCCAAGAUUGCUGGUCGAUCUGAAAUCACCACCAAGGAGAUCGCGGAAGGCAACGAGCUCUUCAUGGACGCACGUCGCUCGGCCAAGGUGCUCAUGUCGGUUGGCGAGGCCCCACAAGCCGUGCCGAUGGAGACCUCUUAG